AUGGGUUGUCCUCCUUAUCUUCUGUUUCUGUUAAUUUUAUCAUUUAUUUCACCAAAAAGCCAUUCAUGGGGUUUGUUUUCUUCUAGCACUUCUGCAGAGAAAACUCAAGCCAAUGAUUUCCCUUCACAGGCAAAAGAUAAUUCCAAUGGUUUUGUUGCUGAAUUCUCUAUAAAGGGUGUUGAUAAUGUGAAGGGAAAGCAGCUUGUUGAAGAAGCGAAAGGCAAAUUAGUUGGCUCGAACACUUGUUGGAGAAAUGCUUAUAGACAUAUCUUCGCCGGCUGCUCGGAGAUUAUUGCCAUUGAAAAGAAAAGGUCUAGAUUUUCUUGGCAUCUCAGUGAUUGCUUUCAAAAGGACUCCGGGAGACCUCCAUUUCCAUAUUGUGAUCCAAAUUCUGCCAUGGUUAAUUGCCUGAAGAAAUUAGAUGAUGAGGAGCACAAGACUUAUCUUGCAUUCUUAUUGGAAACUAAUUCCAUUUGCUACCAGUUACAGGCUCAUGCAUUUCAGCAUGAAACUGAGAGAUUGGUGAAUGACCUUAAACGUUCUGCAGAAUAUACAGAAAACAAGCUGGAAAUCAUAGAAGAGAAAUCUGAUACACUGUUGCAGAGUUCCGACAAGAUAUAUGAGUCGUUGGAUUCCAUUGAUAACCGAGUUCAAAGCGUAGCUCAAACGACAAAAGGUGUACAAGAUUGUGUUGAUGUUUUGUCAAGGCAUUCGGAAGCUGUUUAUCAGCAAUCUACGAAAAUUGCAUCUUCUCAAGCGGAGCUACAAGAAGGACAAGUCAGAAUGAAGGAAAAGUUUCAUGAAGGGAUGGCAUUGCUUCAUGAUGCUUACAAAGUUUUGGGUGAAGAAUUUGGAACCUUAAGAGACGAGGCUAUUGGAAUCGAGCAAGAGAUCAGCAAAGUUGGAGAUGCAAUAUUUUCCAGGAUGGAAAAUCUACAGAACAAAGCUGAUGAUAUUGGGAGCAUGGCGGGAGUUUGUUUAGAUAAGCAACAACUACUUCUUCAGGGUCAAUCCACAGAACUUGAUGGCCUUCAAUUUCUUACCAAAUUUCAAUCUGAAGCACUUGAAGAAAGCAGGAAGAAACUGCAAGAAUUAGCUGAUUAUGGGCAUAAACAACAGGAAAAGCUUUUAAAAAGACAAGCACAGCUUCAGGAAGUUCAUGAUCACCUGGUUGAGAACUCAGAAUCGCUAUUGGCAGCUCAGGAAUCUUUUGAAUCAAAGCAAGCUAGCAUGUUCAUUGCUCUAGAUAGGCUAUCUGCUUUGCAGAAAACCAUGUUGUUGGAGUCUCGAAUAAUCAAGUCUCUCUUCAUCUACUCUAUGACUAUUUUUAUCAUCUACAUGUUCACCAGUGCAAAGCAAACCUACACCAUCAGGCACAGGUUAUACAUGGGGCUGUGCGUUACAUUCUUGAUUGAAGUGGCAAUAGUUCGAUUCACAACAAAUGAAAUUGAGCAACAAACAUGGAUGAUAAAUUUAGUUAGAUCGCUUUUUCUGAUUCUGUCAGCAUUGCAGCUUCUACAUGCCAUUUUUACCUACAUAGACUAUGAAUACUUGAAUCAUCAGAUGCUACAAACCUUGCUUGAGAAAGUUAAUGGCUUGCAAAGAAACAAAGAGCUGGCAUGGGAGUCUGAGUCGGAGAGUGAUGUAGAUUGGCCUUCAUGGAUGCAUAGAGAAUUGCAAGAGGAAAUAGAUGAUUUUGAAGAUCCCAACCAUUUGAUUUCGGAUGGAAAACAGUGA